AUCUGCGGGUGCGGGAGGAGAAGGUGAAAGGCUGCGCGGGCUUCCCGGUUAGCCUAUAAAAGGUGCCCAAGGAGCAGCCAGCCGCCUCACUUGCUCGACCGACAGUCACCUGCGCGGAACGGAGCGGAGCGGCGCGCUGCCUACUUUCGACCGACAUGGCUCUCAGCACACUGCUGGCUACCUUCCUGUGCACCAUCGUGCUUCCCAUUCUUCUCUUUCUGGUGGCUGUCAAGCUGUGGGAAGUUUAUAUGACCCGGGGCAGAGAUCCCAAGUGCACCAGCCCCCUGCCUCCGGGCUCCAUGGGUUUGCCUUUCUUCGGGGAGACGCUGCAGCUCAUCCUGCAGAGAAGAAAGUUUCUGCGCAUGAAGCGGCAAAAAUACGGCUACAUCUACCGGACUCACCUAUUCGGGAACCCCACGGUGCGCGUGACCGGGGGCGACAACGUCAGGCAGAUUCUCCUGGGGGAACACAAACUGGUGUCCGUCCAGUGGCCCGCGUCCGUGCGCACCAUUCUCGGCUCGGACACGCUGUCAAACGUGCACGGAGCCUUGCACAAAACCAAGAAAAAGGCCAUUAUGCGGGCAUUUUCCAGGGAGGCCUUAGAGCUCUACAUCCCAGUUAUCCAAGAAGAAGUCCGAGCCGCGGUGAAAGAGUGGCUGGCGAGGGAUUCUUGCGUGCUGGUGUACCCAGAAAUGAAGCGUCUGAUGUUCCGCAUCGCCAUGAGGAUCCUUCUGGGCUUCGAGCCGGAGCAGAUUAAGACCGACGAGCGGCAGUUGGUGGAAGCGUUUGAGGAGAUGAUCAAGAAUCUCUUUUCUCUGCCCAUCGAUGUUCCAUUCAGUGGCUUGUACAGGGGUCUUAAAGCUCGAAACUUCAUCCAUUCCAAGAUCGAGGAGAACAUCAAGAAGAAGAUACAGGAGUCUCAGAAAGACUCCAAACAUGGAGAUGCUCUGCAGCAACUUAUUGACAGCAGCAUAAAGAGUGGGGAGACAUUUAGCAUGCAGGCCAUUAAAGAGUCUGCGACAGAACUAUUAUUUGGCGGCCACGAAACCACUGCCAGCACAGCCACCUCUCUGAUUAUGUUCCUGGGCCUGAACCCUGAAGUGGUGGACAAACUGAGGCAGGAAGUGAUUGACAAGGAGGAGGUAGGACUGCAUCUCCAGAGUCUGAACAUUGAGUCUUUGGAGCAGUUGAAGUAUACUGGCUGUGUGAUUAAAGAGACACUAAGGAUUAAUCCUCCUGUCCCUGGAGGCUUCCGAGUGGCACUCAAGACAUUUGAACUCAACGGGUACCAGAUUCCCAAAGGUUGGAAUGUUAUCUACAGUAUCUGCGAUACCCAUGACGUGGCUGAUAUCUUCCCCAACAAAGAAGACUUCCAGCCAGAGCGCUUCAUGACAAAAGCUUCGACAGACUCCUCCAGGUUCCAAUACAUUCCUUUCGGCGGAGGUUCACGGAUGUGUGUGGGGAAAGAGUUCGCCAAGGUCUUGCUGAAGAUCUUUCUGGUGGAAGUGGUCACCAAGUGUCACUGUACUCUAUUAAACGGGCCACCCAUGAUGAAAACAGGACCCACUGUUUAUCCUGUGGACAAUCUGCCCACUAAGUUUACCCACUAUGUUCCAAAUUAAUCCAUGUUUUUAAAGCAGGGUCGUUACAAAUCCGGUUUUUACCGAAAAACAAAGCAUUUGGAAGCACUCAGGUGUUCAGAGGAAUUCAUUUGAAAGUUGUUUUUUCUGCAAAGGCCUGUACAUACUGUAAAUAUUUGGAAAACCUUUUAUACGAUGGUAUGGUGGACUUGUGUGUGUGUGUAUAUAUCUAUAUUUUUAAAAGAAGAUCAAACUAAACAAGAGGCACUAUUUAGACGUCAAAACACUUUAAUCAGAUCAGUGGUCUAUCUUUAGGAUGAUGUACAUAAUGUAUGUAGAGUUUGUGAUAUAACUUUUGUAUCUUAACGUCAACUUAUUUAAGUGAUGCUGAAUUGUAUUGGCUUUUUAUUUAAUAAAAAACUUUUGGC